CAACUGGUGGCUUUCUCUUCUCUCUGCCAGGAAUUCAGAGGUUGCAAGAGAAUCAGAUCAACUCAGCUCCCAAAUGAGAGCACUGCUGCUGCUGGUGGUGGUGGUGGUGGUGAUGGUGAUGGGGGGGGUAGUGUUUUCCCUGUGAAAGAGGGGAAAGUUCACUCCCUUUGCCAAGCAAGAAAAAAGCAAGCAAGCAGGAGCCCAGGAAUGUGCAGUGUGCAAAGAAGAGAGAGAGAGAGAGCUUAACAGCAGCUUGAUGGAAAAUGCCUAGUUGCCGAGCACGAGGAGCGAGUGAAUGAAAAGUGAGAGGCUGUAUCGUGGGCUGAAUGAACAAUGUUGAGAGCGUCGUGUAAUUACAAGGAGACGACGGGAAGCCUGAAGUGCAGGAAGGACAUGAAGCUGAGGCACGUCUUCCUGUCCAUCCUGUCGUUCGGAGUCGCGGGGCUGCUGCUCUUCAUGUACCUUCACGCCUGGAUUGACGAGCAGCCGACAGUGCCGAGAUACAAAAUGCAGGAGGACCCAAACAAAAAGGAAUGGAAUAAACAGUUCAGAAGCGCAGGGAGAAAUGCCACAACCUUUACGAAUGGGAAGGUCGGACAAAUUGGGAAGAGCUUCUGGCCGACGCAAACUAAUGAGACGUUCGAGGAAGCGGGUGAGUCGUUGAAGCACAAACUAGCAGAACAGAAGAAGAUGAGAAACUUAUUGAUAAAAAAGUACUUGUAUCCCAUCAGCUAUCAGUUGGCCUUCCGUCCCCCCAACAGGACUCAACAGGUGACGGACGGAAGCCAAGAGAAACGCAAAGCUUUGCUGGCCGAGUUCUGUCAAAAGUAUCACUCAACUCGGCAUCGGGCGUCCUUGAUACGACUCGUGUCCCGGAUUUAUGUGGAGGACAAGUAUAAACUCCUGUACUGUGAGGUGCCCAAGGCUGGUUGCUCAAACUGGAAACGCAUAUUAAUGGUACUGAAUGGCUUGGCCUCGUCCCCAGACAAUAUCUCGCACGACUCUGUGCACUACAGCAAAAGCCUACGGAGGCUGGACAGCUAUAACAUUAAGGACAUCCACGAUCGCUUCAGCACUUACACCAAGGUGGUGUUCGUCAGGGACCCCAUGGAGAGAUUGGUGUCGGCAUUCAGGGACAAGUUCGAGCACUCCAACAACUAUUACCACCCGGUAUUCGGCAAGGCCAUCCUGAAGAAAUACCGAGUCAACGCAAGUGUGGAGGCGCUGGACACAGGAUCGGGGGUGACCUUCAGAGAGUUUGCUCAGUACCUGCUGGACGCACAGCGGCCUGUGGGGAUGGACAUUCACUGGGAGCAGAUCAGCAAGCUCUGCUCGCCUUGUCUGAUCGACUAUGACUUUAUCGGUAAGUUCGAGACCUUGGAGACGGACGCCAACCACUUCCUGAAGCUAAUCGGAGCUCCCCCAGGCCUCCACUUCCCCAGCUUCAAAGACAGGCACUCCACCGACGAGAGGACUACCCCCACAGUGGUCCAACAAUACUUGGCUCAGCUUUCCUCUGUGGAAAGGCAGAAGACCUAUAACUUUUAUUACCUGGAUUACUUGAUGUUCAACUACUCCAUGCCACGUUUUUAAUUCGUACCGAAUCAAAGAGGUUAUUUUAUUGACAGAUGUUAAUAUAUUUUGCGAUCGAUGUGUAGGGGUUUCCGGUUUAUUGUGACGCGCGUGAGACAAUGUUUCUUGUGCGUCGUAUGAAGCAGGAUUUUUAUCGUGACUGUAGUGAGGCUAUUUACUGUUUGAAAGAAGUUACGUUGGGCAAUUACAGGUUUCAUUCCACCCUCUCAUUAUUUUUAUUAAUAAUAAUAUUCACAUUUGGCAUAACGCUUUUCACG